CACCCCUGAGGUGCCAACGUUUCUCAAGCAGUUUGCAAAUGCAGGCUGGUUUAAAGACCUGUAUCCUGAUCAAAAGUGCAUCCCAAGCACCCUGUCUCCAGAAGACUUCUCCUUGCAGCUGCUGGGCCGUCUAAACAGCUGCAGCGCUACGUCUAAGAUAGAGAUCCUGGCUGCACUGCAUGGACUGCGCAGCCAGGAUCUCUUACGGAAUACAGACGAGUUUUACCAAGGCCUCACUGACCUGGUGCCCGGGUUUGUGAGACCUCACAUGUCACCUGCGCAACGGGUUGUGCUUGUUGAAACGUUGAAUCUACUGGUGCGUCUUCGGUCUGCCAGCUAUGAGCUUGUGAAAAAGCUUCUCACACUUCUGGCUUUUAAAAAACUGGGUCUCCGAGAAACACUGCUGCGCAUGCUGACUGCAUUAGCUGUAAAUGAGGCUGAGCAGUGGCUGCUGCCAGAGCUGGAGAGCUGGGACUCGGAGCUGCAGGACCCGUCGGACAUCUGGAAGAGCCUCCAUGACAAAGCAGACUCUUGGCUGGAGUUUUGGAUCUCCAAAUACAAAGAACAUAAUAGGUUACUGUACCUUAGGAGUACAACAAAGUGGAAGCCAUCAACCCUAAGCAUGGUGGAUGUGCUGAAUUAUUUCUGCUGUGUCCAAAAAGAGGAGUACAGAAAGGCCCGAUAUGUUGCACCUGCUGGUCCCAAAAGAACUGUUCUUUUGCCCCUAUAUGACUGUAGUUCCAAACCAAUCCUUCGUCUAGGAGAGACUUACAGCAUGGCCAGGAUGUGGCGUCCACCAGGUUUAAUUCUUCCUCCCCUGAGAAGCCGUCCCUUCCUCAUGCACUUUCCCAAUUUCAUCUCUUUGCCAUUAUCGCGGGUCACUCUUUACCCCUUUCACAUCUACUCGGACAAGGACUGGGUGAAGGCCUCACCUCGCCGCUACUUCAUUCAACAGCAGUCGUACGUAGAGUACUACAGAUGAUGCCUUUUAGUCUGCAUCACUCCAUAAGCCAUAGCAAACAUUAGUUUGAAAUACAGUAUGUUCAUUCUUUUUGACAAUUAAAAGACUCUUAAAACAUUU